CAUGAUUGGUGCACUGCCUGUCAAACGUCAAGACAAACCAUAAACAUUUAGGAAAAAUUAACCAAACUUUUUAAAGUGCCAUUGGUUAUUUUCCAAUUUUCAUAAUUUCUAAGAUUCUUCAAAAUGAUCACGUACGAGCUAAUGUUGCUUUUGCGAUUGAUGCCAAAACCAGAGGUGAAGCAAGUUCUCCGAAGAGCAACAGACCAUAUUUUUGAGAAAGGGGGUUUUAUACGAAAGUUAGAGAACCUAGGAACACGAGACAUGCCUUAUAAAACUAGUGUGCAUGGUGUAGUAUAUAAACAAGCCAGCUAUUUCCUAUGUGAAUUCAAUCUACCCCCGGACCACAUACGAUACGUUCAAGAUGAACUUGGACGAGACAUUGAUAUAAUAAGAAGGAGAGUUUAUAAAAAGAUGGAACCUGAAAAGUUCGACUGUACGUUGCAUGAAGAAAUAACGCCCCCACCUUAUAGAAAAGAUGUCCAAGAGCUGGUGGCUGAAGCUAGGAAACAUGAUAAACCUAAGUUUAAGUAUAAUACUGGUCUCGAUUAUUAUCCUUUCCAGAAAUAGUUAUUUAGUAUGUAUGUAUAGUUCUUUGUAGUUUUAAAAUAAAAAUCUUUUGUUGAUUGGCA